CACCAUGAAGCACAUCCUCGUGAAAUGGGAGUCCGAGGACACGUGGGACGUGUACCCUGUGAAGCGAGUAGCCGAUGUCGCCAUCGGGAUGGAGCUGCUUCGUGACCCGGCCAGUGCACUUGAAAAGUUUCAGAGGGUGGUUCUUGAAGUUGUGUGGCAGCCAGGAAAACCACCAGCACCAGCCACGAUUCUAGCCAUCGGGAAUCAGGCCUCGAUGGAGAGGAAACGCAAUAGGCUGGCACUGGAGGCUGCCGAGUCUGGCAGUCCAGCCACUGGUGCGAAGCGAACCUGCGACCAUUUGGAGCAGAUUGAAAGCUUGGAACAAACGGUUGGAAGCCUGAAAAAAGAGGUUCAGGAGUUGAAGGAGGAACUUGCUCAAGCACGGCAGUGCAUUGAUGCCGCAAGGAUGGUGAAACGCCUUAAACACAUGCUGGAAAAUGCUACCACUCCUGCUGAGCCUGUUGGCAUCGCAGCAGCCCUAAAAGUCGGGGUGGAAGAAGUAGUUGGCGAAUUUGAUCAGCUACUACAGUACGUCUCCGACUUGGCCAGAGAGUGGGGCUACAAGCCGCGCGCAGUGGACCGCCAGAGCAGGCAGCAAAAACCCUGUCAAAGUGCCGCAGAAAGCGACGCACCGACUGCAGCGCUCACGCAGCCUGCUGCAGCCCAGUCGGUGCGUACUUCAGCUGCAGCAGAACGCCAAGCCAAGGCUGUGCCAGCCUACUCUGCUGCUCCGGAAUCCGCUGACGGCGGCCAGUCCAGCUUCGAUGCUGACACACAUGUAGUGUCGCCUGCAGCAUCAAUGCUGCAUGGGAUGUAUGCUGACGAAAAUGACGAUCCGGGCAUCCACGCACACUUGGAGAAUUUCACGCCAUCUAGACCAGACAGCUGUUUGAGUGUACACAACUGA